UUUAAUAAGUAUCUAUUAGAAUAAGUGAAUGUACGGAAUAUUAUUGUAAUUUUCAAAAUAUGGCCAAUAAUUAUAUUAUAUUUACAAUAUUAAUAAUAUUCCUAAUAGUGCCGUUUCAAAUUAUAGACUGUUUAAAAACUAAACUGUCCAAACGUGGCAUUUUAGAAGUGCCAUUAAAUUGUGAACAUUUCGAUCACAAUGAUAGAUGUAUUCGCUUAAAAAAAUACUUAAGCACUUUUAAUCUUGAACAUCUGAAUAAAAAAAAAUUAAGACCAUAUCCAAAACACAAAUUGAUUAAACAUAUAAAAGAUGUAAUGAAUGACGCAAGCCACUCUUUAUGGUUAAAGGAAAAGUUUGAAAAUUCAUUGAAAAAUAUUUCUUUUUAAUAUUUCUUUUUUUCUAUAUUUUUACUUAUAAUAAUAUUAAAAAUGAAAUUAAUAAAACAAGAAAAUGAUUAAUAAGUAUAUUAAUUCCACAUUUAGCUUAAAACAACUUAACUAAACUUAAUCGAGAGUAAUAUUACAAAUUGUAGAUUUUUCUAAAAGCUUACAAAAUUUACUUCUUAAAAGAGUAUAAACAUUA